AUGUCACAUGAGUAUAGCCGUAAACGAUUUUAUAGUCGUGAUAGGGAGCGAGACCGCGAACGCGAACGUGAUCGCGAUCGCGAUCGUGACCGUGACCGGGAAUGGAACCGAAACGAUUAUCACUAUGAAAAGCGGCAUUCCCCAUCCAGAAAAAGAAGCCGAAGUCCGCCUCCUAGAGAAAAUAAACGACGAAGCCGCUCACCGCGAAAAAAUGACAAAGAUGUGCUCGACGAAAACAUUCUAAGUGAGAUAGCAAAGCUACCGGAACCAAGUGAACUAUGGGAUAGCCAGAUGCAAGAAGGUGGAUUCACUGCUCCACCAGCGCCUACAUUCCCCCAAGAAGGUUCCAAUUAUGGUGGCAACUACAACCAAUCAUAUUCCGGCAUAUACAAUGAGUUCCCAUCUGUGGUGCCGGCAGCACCACAUCCACCGGACAUGGCCUCAUGGAAUCAAAUGUCUCUACCACCACCACCUGCUCCACCAGUCUACAAUGUUGAGGAACAGAUUAAAAAAGAAGCCGCCAUUGAAACAGAAAUGCGUCACCAAAAAGCUGCUCUAUCGAAGCAGAGAGAAGACUACAUUAAAAAAGCGGGAAUUUUGAAAAAGGAACUCGACACAUUGAAAGAUCAACGGAACGAGCUCCGAGGCGACGCGAAACGUUCGCCGAGCCCGGACACCAAACGGUUUUUGAAAGAAAACACUAAGCUGCAGUUGGAGAUCCAGAACAAGUUGAAGACUAUUAACAACGUAGUGGACAUGUUGAAUGGGAUCAUUGGGGAGGAGGCGCAGGAGGUAAUUGAGUCUGAUGAUUCCACCGAGCGCGGUGCCAAACGGAAGUCUAGCAGGUCGCCGUCGGGCAAGAAGUUCAACUACGUGUACUACGACCCGGAGAUGCACUGGUGCCGCGUGUGCAACGAGUUCCCGCCCACCGCCAAGGACUACCUCAACCACCUGCACUCGCCCGCGCACCACAAGAUGGCGGCGGCGCACAUGGAGGCGCCGUGGCACUCGGUGGCGGGCGCCAACGAGGGCUUCCCCAGCUACGCGUCCGCGCCCACCAAGCGCACGCCCAUCAGAGGGCUGCAGUUCUUCGUGCCGUCGACGGCGUGGUACUGCAAGCUGUGCGACCAGUUCAUCGGCGACCUGCACUGCGCCUCCGCACACCUCAAGUCCGUCUCGCACUCCAAGAACUACACCAACUUUGUCGAACAAAACCCUCACUGGGAAACGGACUGGAUGUCGGACCGACAGAAGGCCUUCGAGAAGGCGCGCGCCAACAAUAAGAACAAAGUCGAAGAUAAGCCACAGUACGCGGCGCACACUAUCACCUUCAACAAGGACGGUUUUCAUACUAAACUGAAAAUGGACAGCCCGCCGCCGCCAAACGAGGAAAAGAAGAAGAAGAAAGACAAGAAAAAGAAGAGUAAGAGAAAGAGAAGCAGCAGUAGCAGUUCCUCCAGUAGCUCCAGUGGUUCUGAUAGUGAGCCCAAGAAGAAAAAGAAAAGCAAGAAGAGCAAAACCAAGUACGGGUCAGACGACAAGCUGAGCGAAUGGAUGUCCUCCAUAAAGAUGGAGCGCCUCAACGACAACGACCGCAAGCUGCUCGACAACAUCAAGACCAGGAUCAAGUUGGACAAGAUGGAGACGGCGCGGCGCUCCAGCGAGCGCGAGCGCGAGCGCUCCGCCACGUCGCAGCAGCGCGCCCGAGAACAAGAACGUCGAGAAUCCCGCACUAGAGAAGAGCGGGACAGACGCGAAGAGCCCCGCCGUAGGGAAGAGCGUCGGGAAGAGCGCCGGGACGAGAGGCGGGAGGAGCGCCGGGACGAGAGGCGGGACGAGCGCCGAGAGGAAAGGCGGGACUCGAGCCGGGACGAACGGGACUCGAGCCGGCGCAGCCCGCAGCGCCAGGACGCGAAGAAGCCAGAGAUACGGAAAAUGCCAUUCAUAGGUAAAAUGCCAGUAUAUAAAAAUUUAGCUAAAACCACCAACAAACAAGAGGAAAAGAAGGAAGAUGAUUCAAAAAAAAAGGAAGAAGAUGAAGCUAGUAAGAAAAGACGAGAGGAAAUGGACGCAGAAAUACAGAAAAAGGUGGCGGAGUUCAAGCAGAAGAUAGCGUCGGCGCAGCUGGAGCGGCAGCAGGCGGAGCUGCCGCCGCCGCUGCUGCUGCCGACGCUGCCGCUGCAGCACGCCUUCCUGCCGCCCGCGCAGCCGCCGCCGCCAGCUACUACGGCGCCACCGGCUAACUUACCAAAGGACUUCCAAGACGCCUUGGACAUCAUAUUCCCGUCUGAAGUGAAAAACGCAGAAAUGGCAGCUCAGCAGGAGUUAUUCCAAGGACUUCCCCCGGGAUUGGCUCCACCGGGAUUCCCUGGAAUCCCCGGGCUAGGGGGAGUGAUGCAGCCCUUCCCACAACUGAGCAUUCUAGGGAAUCCCCCACACAUGAUGAUGGGAUUCGACAUGAACUCACCCUUGUUCCAACCGAGACCUCAACUAUACGACACGCACGUACCAAUACUGCCAAAUCAGAAGCCUCGUCAGAACCAAAAUAAGAAUAGGCAACAGAAAAAUAAUAAUGAAAAUCAAAAGCAGAAGCAAAAUACAACUAAUGUGACUAGUGCAAGUGAAACGGCCCCAACGACGACUACGACAGAGAGUCCAGCGGACAGUACAAAAGCAAAUCAAGCAUCCGCAGCUUCCACUAAGAAUAAGGAGGAGUUAGAUGACCUGGCGAUGCUCGGGAUUGACGCUUCGGAUGAAAGACUUGUUUGCGAAAAAAAGUACAAUGUUUUAAGGAAAGGCUCUAGAAAAUAUGGCAUUGAUGCAAUGUUGACAAGAUAUUUCAACCAAGACCCUAUAGAAAACUUUUUCGGGAAUAUCAGGAGUUAUGGUGUUAGAAACAUUGCUCCAAAUACUGUCUCAUUUGAGGGGACCUUCAAGGCUUUGAUAAUAAAUAAUUAUAGUGAGCCCCAUUCAAGUAGAGCAAAUUGUGAAGAAGAUCACAAUGAGUGUCUUCAAAGUUUGGACUCCUUCCUUAAAGAUAAGAACAUAAUAACUCCUGAUAUCCCUGAUACUAAUGAUACUAUUCAUUUUAACAGUGAAAUUUGCUUUGACCAAUCCAAUGAAAUUGAUGCUGGUCAAAGCAAUUAUGUCUGCAGAUGGGUUUUAAAGAGAUUCCUUAAAUUUAUAAUAAAAAGUGAGUUGGGAGACAUUCUCGUCUCGCCUCUUCAAUAUAAGUCCGUUAAAUGUCCAUGUAACGCCAACCUAAAGCACGAAGAUGAUUUAUCUCCUAAUAAGAAAGAAAAUUGUGGGCUCGGAAGCGGCGGCGGCUCGUCUCACACGUCACACGACACACGCGUCUCUCUUGCAUCAUUCGUUACUAGUAACAUAAACAUGUCAGCUGACAAAGUUUUCCAUUCACGGUCACAAGGUAUACCUUCCGAGGGUGUAAAGGAUCAGUAUGCGGACGGCAAAGCUGCUAGAGUGUGGAAGAAAUACAUCGGUGACAGCAAUGAGAGGACUCAAAACUACAGAGAUUUCCUCUCCGGACUCCUGAAGAAACAUGGCUGUGUUAAAGUGUUGGAUGUAGCCUGCGGGACUGG